UAAAAGCUUCGAUGAUUUUUUUUAAAGACUUCGAACUUUGUUGGGGUUUGUUUCAUACCUGGCAACCCGUUUCCAGUCGUUGGUGUGUAAUGGAAGAUGUCACUCGCUAGAGUACUGGUGAUAAGUGCAUUCAAAACAAGAGCAUGGAACGCUAUAAAUGUGUCUUCAGCAGGACUGAGACCUUCGCAGACAUGUCAUGAGUCCCCUCUUGUCUCCACACUGUGUUACAGCAGCAGCUCCUCUCAGGGACAGCAGGUCUCCUCCAGUCCCACUGAGAAUAAAGUACAUCUUAGUGAUGCGUGUGUCAAGAGGCUGAGUGAAAUCAUGCAGAAGGGAGAAUAUCUGAGGAUCCAGGUGGAGGGUGGAGGCUGCUCUGGGUUCCAGUACAAGUUUUCUGUGGACACUGUCAAAAAUGAAGACGACAGGGUUUUUGAGCAGAACGGCGUGGGUGUGAUAGUAGACCAGGACAGUCUGGAGUUUGUGAAAGGAGCAACGCUUGACUUUAGUCAGGAGCUCAUCCGCUCUUCUUUCCAGGUGCUCAGGAACCCGCAGGCAGAACACGGCUGCUCUUGUGGCAGCUCUUUCUCUGUCAAAGUUUGAAACUUGUUUCUGCAUUACAAACAUUUAGCAGUGGCUUUCAGUUCCAGUUCCCCUUUUUUGUUUAUAAACAUCGUGUAAUAGAGGAACUAACAGGAGUUAAAUGAAGUGUGUUAGAGAACACAAAACAUUGAGUCAGAAUUGAGAACCAGUGAUAUCCUCUCAUUAAGUCGAGCCACACCUUAAUGUUUUUGUGGUGUUUUUCCUCACACACAUGAAUAGAACCAAACCAGUGUGAAAUAUUGUGUUAUUUUAUGAUUUGAGGGUGUUGUCAUUAAACAUGCCCGGACAUGUUUGGAUUUAAUAUUGGAGAUCACUAAAAUAUCACAAUGUCUUUUCCUUCAAAUUGUACAUAUAGAUUGUAAAUAGGAUAUAAUAAUAAAAUAAAUAUAUUAAGUGCUACGUUCUUUAAAAUA